AUGGAGACCAAAGACUUCAAGGAAAUGGCCCAGCAUAAGGAGACCGUAGCCGACGGCUCCUCUGAGAUUCAAGUUAGCCUCGAUGGGCUUGAUUCUAUUGAACAGACUCGAACGGGCAAGUUCUCGUGGCUGGUCUCCAUCACGGCAGCUAUUGGCGGCAUGUUGUUCGGCUACGAUACAGGCAUCAUAUCGGCCGUGUUAGUUUACAUCGACAACGACCUCGGACACACCCUCUCCUCGUCUGAGAAGGAACUCAUCACGUCAAUCACAUCUGGUGGCGCUUUCAUCGGUGCCAUCUUCGCCGGGGCCACGGCGGACCGCUUCGGACGCAAGAUUGCCAUCUACGUCGGCAGCUUCUUGUUCACUGCCGGUGCCGUCAUUCAAGCUGCCGCUAAUUCACUGGCUCUGAUGACUGUCGGUCGUCUCGUUGUUGGAUUCGGCGUCGGGUCCGCAGCCAUGAUCAUCCCACUGUACAUUGCCGAGCUCUCCCCAGCCAAAUACCGCGGCCGUAUGAUCGGCCUUGACAACAUGUGCAUCACGGGCGGUCAACUAGUCAGCUACGGCGUUGGGGCUGGCUUCGCGCAUAUACAUGGCGGGUGGCGUUACAUGGUUGGCGGCGGCGCGAUUCCAGCCAUCAUCCUAGCCUGCAUGCUGCCCUUCUGCCCAGAGUCGCCAAGACAGCUGAUCUAUCACGGCAAGGAACAGGAGGCCGAGAAGGUUAUUCGAAAGAUUUUCCCUAAUGGAACGGACGAGCAAGUCCGGAUGAAAGUCCGUCACAUCACCCUCCACGUCGAGGAGGCCAAGAAUAUGAACGCCGGGAAGUCGCAAUGGUGGGUGCUUAAGCAGCUCUACGUUGUUCCGUCGAACCUCCGCGCCCUGAUUGCGGCGUGUGGACUCAUGGCCAUUUCUCAAUUAAGCGGCUUCAACAGUUUGAUGUUUUACUCCGGGACCUUAUUCAAGCUCGUUGGUUUCAACAAUCCCGUGGGAGUCGGAACCAUUAUUGCCGGAACCAACUUUUUCUUCACGCUUGUCAACCUGUUACUCGUAGACCGAGUCGGUCGUCGCAGGAUCCUACUAUGCACGGUGCAGUUCAUGGGCCUAUUCCUGAUUGUCGCCGCGGUCGCCUUCAAAUGGAUCCCAAUCAACCACGAUCUAUCUCUUGGAGAGGGGGCGACUGUUGGACCGCCAGCCAUCAUCGUUCUUGUGAGCAUGGUGUUCUUUGUCGGAUUCUACUCCUCGGGUAUCGGCAACACAGCUUGGCUGAGCAGCGAGUUCUUCCCAAUGGAGGUACGCGCCAUGGGCACCAUGAUGCUGACAAUGAGCUGCUGGAGUUCCAAUAUCAUUGUCGCUUCCACCUUCCUGACACAGAUGGAAAACACCACGCCAUCUGGCGCCUUUGGAUUUUACGCGGCCAUCUGCGUGCUCGGGUGGUUCGCCAUCUAUUUCUGCUACCCGGAGGUCAAGAACAUGACGCUCGAGGAUAUUCGCGAGGUAUUCAAUCAUGGGUUCGGAGUCAAACGCGCGAGGGAGAUCCAAAAGCAGAUGAAGGCUGUUCGAAAGAUGGAUUCGGUUUCGGAGGAGAACGUCAAGGUGUAAAUAGAGCUGUGAGAGUUCGGGGCCCGCGUCUGCAGAAG